AUGUUUCUUCUUGUAAACACACCUGAGGUGUCAUUAAUGAAUGACACCGCUGUCUGGCUUGUAAUUCAAGCUGCAAACAUGGCAGAGGGAGGAAAGAGACAGCCAUCUUCUGUCAGCUUUUGUUCUGCCAAGAAAACAGUUCAUGUUCAUUGUUGCUGCAGUUCCUGCAGUGGAAAACCUGUGAAUUACCGAACUCAAAUAUCCCACUUAGAAUUUGAGAGGAAUUUGGAAGCCUCCAAUGCAGUCAGUGUAGCAGGUAAUUUGCUCAAAUUAUGAACUUGUUUUUUAUAUUCACUUUUGUCGAACUGUGGUCAUUUCGCCUGGAACUGUUUCGCCCCUAAAAGAUGAUUCGCCCGGAAUAAAGGUCGGUUCCAAGCACACCAAACAUAUAACCUGCCAAGACUUAACUUCCAAAGAUGUAUUUGUCGUUCUUCACAUCCGCUGCCAAUUCAAUGCAAAACAAGCUUAAAGUGGCAGGCAAGACAAUAUGUAAUUUCUCGUUCUAAACAUCCACUAUCGGGCGAAUCAACUUUCAGUCCACGCGAAACAGUUCCAAAAACACGUGUUUUAUUUCCAGGCUUUAUAGUUUCACGUUUCCCGGGAGCAUUGUUUAAACUGUGUAUUGUGAUGAUCAUGUUUGGAUUUUUUUUUCGAGGAGAAUUGAGUUCAAUGUAGAAAUGUCAUAGUGAGAUUGUUGCAAACAUAAACAAUUGCAGUUCCUCGAGUUCCUGAUGAUAAUUCUCAGUAUAAACUUAUUUUUUAUUUUAAACUUGGUUUUAAAAAAGCAACAUAAAUGCAUUAAUUUUUUUACAGAUUACCAAUUCACUGGUUUGCAAGAGGAAACAGUAAGUUUGCAGUGUGGUACCUCAACCAAUCUGGCCACUGAAGAAGUAGAAGAUGAAGAUGCAACUGAAAACUUUGAACAAAUUUGUUCUCCUCAACAUCAAAACCUUUCUGAUGUUGAGGAUGUGGACCCCCCAAUGGACUUUGAAGGUGUGGAUGAUAUAGGAGAUGAUGGUAAUGGCAUAAAUGGGGAUGACAAUGGAGGAACUGCUCCUGGUACUGAAGAUCAGAAAUUAAAGUAUGCCAUUGUGAAGUGCAUAUUUGAAGCAAUUGAACUUAGUGUAAGAACAGGUUCUUCAUUACGCACUGUAGAAGACCUUCUUUGCUAUGCUCGCCGUAUGUAUUGCAGAGGAAAAGAAAUAGAUGAAGAAGACCACACAAUGAAAAUAAGAUGGCCCAAGGACUGGGAACAAGCCAAAAAAUUUCUUGAUGAUGUAGGGUAUGAAGAUGCUAAAGAAUAUUUUAUUUGCUUGAGUGGAGCACAUAAAAACCACUGGGACAUUAUGGAGUCUGCAACUGAAAAGUGCUGCUUUUGUGGAGAAGCAGGAACUAUAAAGUAUUAUUAUCUUGGGUUACGUAGCAAAGUUAAGUUAUGGGUUGCAGAUCAGCAGAUGUGUGAAAAGAUGACGGCCCAUUGGGUGGAAAAAGAACACUGGAUAAAUGGAGGUAAUGAUGGAUGGAGCAUUAAAAAGGAGGUACGGGAUGGUACAAGAUUUUCUGAGUUGGCUUGGUUUUGGAAUCCUGAUGAAACAUGGUGUUUGCCUGCAAGAUGUGUCAGACAGGGUUGCAAAAAUAUCAUCAGUGCACAGGAAAUAUCGCAAGCCCCUACAAAGGCUGAUGGAAGUAGAGAAUUGUUUUGCGUCAGUUGCUGCACCAGAUUUGAUCAUCACCCUAAGUAUGUCAGUGGUGAUCCCAGGAAUAUAGCAUACAUUGGUAAGAUAAUUGGUUUAUACACUAGUAAGCAUAAAAAUGUUAUGUCUGUAAGUAUAUGGUUGGUUUGAAGGGGAUCACAUUAAUAGUGUAAAAUAGAUGUUUCCUGCUUGAAACUUAUGCUUUCAGUAGUUUUAAUGGGUCUUAGGAUGUUCCUAGAUUUAUUUUGACUUCCUUCCCUGAUUUCUUCCCUUUAUUCCCUUUAUGCCAAAAUCAAAGUAGUCUACUAGAAGAAUUACUUUGGGGAGGAGAAUCUCUGUUGUGAUAUUAUUCCUCAGUACCCUCUUUCAAAAAUAUAUAAUUGAGAUAUCUGUGUUUCUCCUUUAAUACUGUUGUAAGUUGAACAAUAAUAUUAUUCUAGUUUUUAAAUAAGUACUAGUUUAAUUAAAAAUAACAAUACAAACUUUUUUGAAUUUUCAGGCCACCGGGAUGGCUUCCAACCAUUUGGAAGCAGAACACGUAGUACUGGUAAGGUAGUACCCUAACAUCAUUGACUGUUAAUGAAACGAGAUUUACUUAUUAAAGGAUUCCAGCAGAUUGCAACAACGCAAUCUUUUGUUGGUUGUCCAUGCGCCAUGUAUACACUGCCUCAUUGAAACUUUGCUAUGCUUUAAAAGGUGCAAUAGAGGACGUAGACGUGGACGUGGACGUGGACGUGGUCGCUCGUUGGUGA